AUGGUUAAUGCCUGUCCUACCUUUCUAGCUAAGCAUCCUGCUUAUCUCCGUUACGAUGAGGAUGACCGUGUGAUUAUCCACGUUGGCGAGCAAUAUUGUCGUUAUCCAGGGUGCAGUGUCAGCAAUCAUCCUUCCCUGACUGGAAACUUGAAGAAGCAUGUUACCUGCCACAGUGAAGAUUUGCAAGUGGCCGAUGGUAUUAUCGGUCGGAUCAGUUAUAUUGAACAAGAGAAAGUUCGAGCUUGGUACAAUUCUCUUUUUGCUUCGGUCCCUGAUCGGGCCCCGGCCUCAACCUUCCCCUCGGUCACGAAUUCCAAUCGCACUUCCAAUCGCACUUCCAGCCAAAAGACCGAUCGCAAUGUCAAUUGA